AUGCCCUGGCGCCUGAGCGUCUUCUUCAAUGGAAUGCACAUCCGGGACCAGGACUACAUGCACCUCUUCGAGACGCCUUCGCCGCAUCCCACCGUGCACAUCUUUGGAAAAGCCGACGAAUUUUAUGACUAUGGACGAGAUGGCUUUGGCUACAAGCCACAGGAGGAGUACUACGAGGACCCGUUGAUCUUCACCCACGAGGAGGGCCACAACUUCCCCACGCAGCCGCCCCGUUCGCGGCAAAUCUAUAGCCGGGUCGCCUCUGAGGUUUGGAGGCGUUGCGGCGGCCGGCCCCCCUGA